GCCCCGCCGCCCGCCAUGUCGCUGCGCUUCUCCGCCAAUCUCUCGUGGCUGUUCCCGGAGCUCCCGGAGCUCCCGGCGCGGCUGGAGGCGGCGGCGGCCGCCGGGUUCCGGGCGGCGGAGGCGGCCUGGCCGGCGGGCUGCCCAGCCGCAGCGCUGCGGGCCGCGGCGGAGCGGGCGGGGGUGCGGAUCGUCCUCCUCAACACCCCGCCCGGGGACCCGGAGGCGGGUGAGAUGGGGCUGGCGGCCGUGCCCGGGCGCCAGGCUGCCUUCCGCCAGGGCCUGGCCGCGGCGGUGCAGUACGCCAAGGCGGUGGGCUGCCCCAGGAUCCACCUGAUGGCUGGGCGGGUUCCCCUGGGCACAGACCGGGCAGCAGUGGCAGGCAAGAUGGAAACAACCUUUAUCGAGAAUCUCAGAUACGCUGCUGACCUCCUGGCCCAGGGUGGCAUUACUGUGUUACAGGAAGACCUGACUGGACUGGUGGAGCCUAUUAACAACCGUAUCACUGACCCUCGUUACUAUCUGAACACCCUGCACCAAGCUGCUGCCAUCCUGGAGAAGGUGGAGCGGCCCAACCUGAAGCUGCAGCUGGAUCUCUUUCACUGCCAGAUCAUGGAUGGGAAUUUGUCACGCAACCUGGAGACAUACUUCCCACUCAUUGGUCAUAUCCAAAUUGCACAGGUGCCAGGGCGGCAUGAGCCUGACAGCCCUGGGGAGUUGAACUUCCCCUACAUCUUCGAGCUUCUGGAGUCCCUUGGCUACACUGGCUACGUGGGGUGCGAGUAUGCUCCAAAAGGAGACACCCUAGAAGGUCUGGGCUGGCUGCGCUCAUACUGGGAGAGCAGAGGGCUGCAGCAUGGUGGGACCAGCAAGACUGCAGAGUAAAAUGAGAAACCAUGGGAAUAAAAGUCAAAGCACUGGCUUAACAGAG